AUGGUUUUACUGGUUUCGGAGCUACUCAACGAGGAGGGGGAAAACAUGUCCGCCAGCGCUCAGUCUGGCGAUGUCGACUGGCGCAGGGCAUUUGAUAAGUCAAUGAAUUUCUUCGCUUGGUCGAGAGACAUAUCCAAACCCUGUUUCUGCCCCUGCGCCACAUCUCCUCCGAAGCUUCAUUUACUCGAAGAUGUUAGGAGCAUCAGCAACGGCUCUACCAUACUAGUAUCUUGCGAUGACGACAACGUAUGCCCUAGCUGGAAGAAAGGGAAAGAACAUUUCGGUGAAGUCGCCGUAGCUACAGUGGGUGGUAUCGUCAAGUGCAUGGCUGUGGUGGUCAUUGAGGCUACUUGGAUUUUCUGCGAGGUUAAAUAUCGGCCCUACCAUCUCCUAAAAGUGGUCAAAUGUGAAGUAGAGGUGCCGAAGGUUGGCCAAGUAUUCGUCGCACGAGACACAAUGUCGUCUGCCACACGGACAGGGAAGCAAGAGAAGAUAAAUCACUGGCCAGACAACAGCAGCGAGUGGCUCGCCGUGGCAGCAAGUUUGAAGCGCUAA